AUGGCCGAACAUUGUAUGGUGAUUUGUGGUGAGUGGGAGUCUGGUCAAGGUCGAAAGUGGGAAUUUGCUAUAGACAAGAGCCGGAUGUCUAGGAUAGUGGAAGUUAGAGUAAGAAUGACUUUGCAAGAGCUGAAGACGGCUGUAGUGCAUGAGUUCUUCCCCGAGGGUGUGGAUUCUGUUGAAGCUUCUUUGAGUUACUGGCCUCCGAACACGACAGAGUUGGCAACAGGGAUUACCACACCCCCUGUUUUAGUAAUAAAUAACGGAGCAGUUGUGUUUUUCUUCAGAUAUUUCAUGGUAAGUAAAUCCAUGAAUUUAUUUGUGUCUUUUUCCGGUGAUAAUGGCCAAGCUAUUAAGGAGGACUGUGACAGGAGAGUGAUAGGCUUUACAACACCUACCGCAUAUAGGAACAAUUUUAACAUCUACGACGAGGGCUUUGUUUCUGCGAGACGUAUGUCGGAUAAUUCUUUCGUUGCGCGCAAAAAAAUUUCUAGAGACAAAGAGGGAGCAAUUCCCGGGCCACUACCAAAGCGGCGGUUCUGUGAAAGUUCUUCAGGUAGCCAGGCGCACAAUGGUGGUGCGCAGAGAGUUGGUUCUUACGCCGUCCCUUUCGAGCUGGAUGAGGAUAAAAUUUUAAACGUGGUGGAGUCGGCGGAGGAGAAUACUUCAGACGAUCGCGAGGUAAUUCCUGUUGGAUACGACAGUGAGUUAUGGGAGCCACUAAUUGAUGACCCUUUGGUCAGCUCUGAUGCUGCCGACGUGAUGUGUCCCACGACGGAUGGAUUCGAUGGUAAAGCAGCCGCGCUGGGAGUUCAGAGAGAAGUGUUGUGUAGCACGAACGAUGCAUUUGACCAUCGCGUGCGAGUGGGUGGCGAUCCUUAUCGCGAUGGUAUGUUUAAAGAGGAAGCAUCUCCGUUUACGUUUUUUGGUACCGCUGGUAUCGGUUCUGGAGGUGAAGGCCCCUAUGCUAACCGGGACCCGUUUGUGCCUUUAGGCGGUGGUCAAACUCCAGAUGGCCAUGGUUUGGCCGAAGAAGAAGGUCAUGGUCAGUUUAGUGGUGGUUAG